AUGGUUGAUGCGUUCUGUGGCACUUGGAAGCUGGUCGAAACCGAUAACUUCGAUGAUUACAUGAAAGCACUUGGUAUUGGCUUUACAACGAGACAAGUGGGGAACGUUACAAAACCAACUGUUAUCAUCUCCGUUGAAGGAGACAAAGUGGUAUUGAAAACGCAGAGCACUUUCAAGAACACUGAGAUCUCAUUCAAACUAGGUGAAGAGUUUGAUGAAGUGACUGCGGAUGACAGACACUGUAAGUCCACUGUGAGCAUGGAGGGAAAUACGCUCGUGCAUAUACAGAAGUGGGACGGCAAAGAAACUAAAUUUGUCCGCGAAAUCAAAGAUGGAAAAAUGAUAAUGAAACUGUCAUUCCAGGACGUCGUGGCUGUGCGCACCUAUGAGAAGGCAUGA